UAGCUGACGACAUAGCUGGUUAGCUGGCAGCGUUUGGGAGAAAAACAUGGCCGGUAGAGGAGCAAAACAGAGUCGUUCUGGCACUGGCCUUUCGAGUAGAAAAGGUGCAAAUGAGCAGGAGGAAGAGGAGCAGCCGCUGCAGGCUGUUUUAGUCGCUGACAGCUUCAACCGGAGGUUUUUCCCGGUGACCAAAGACCAGCCAAGGGCUCUGCUGCCGCUGGGUAAUGUUGCCAUGAUCGACUACACCCUGGAGUUCCUCACGUCCACCGGGGUGCAGGAAACAUUUGUCUUCUGCUGCUGGAUGGCCAGUGAAAUCAAGGAACACUUAAUGAAGUCGAAGUGGUGUCGACCCACCUCUCCAAACACAGUCCACAUCAUCACCUCAGAGUUUUACCGUUCCCUCGGGGAUGUGCUCAGGGAUGUUGAUGCAAAGUCCCUUCUGCGCUCGGACUUCGUGUUGGUCUACGGAGACGUGGUAUCAAAUAUUGACCUCAGUCAGGCAGUGCAAGAGCACAGGCAUCGUCGAAAGGUGGAGAAAAACAUCUCGGUGAUGACGAUGGUCUUUAAGGAAUCGUCGCCCGGUCACAGGUCGCGCUGCGAGGAAGACGAUGUCAUAGUUGCCGUGGACAGCAAGAGCCAGCGGAUUUUACACUACCAGAGGACACAGGGGCUGAAGAGGCUACAGUUCCCCAUGAACAUUUUCCACAAUGCAAGUGACGAGUUUGAAAUCAGACACGACCUCCUGGACUGUCACAUCAGCAUCUGCUCCCCACAGGUCGCUGAGCUCUUCACUGACAAUUUCGACUACCAGACUAGGAAUGACUUUGUCAGAGGGAUGUUGGUCAAUGAAGAGAUUCUGGGCAACCAGAUACACAUGCAUGCCACCAAGGAUGGUUACGGGGUCAGAGUGUCCAACCUCCUCAUGUACGACUCUGUGUCGUCUGACCUCGUGCGGCGGUGGGUCUACCCGCUCACCCCCGAGGCUAACUUCGUCGACCAGCAGGGACGAAGCUGCACGUUUUCCCGCCACAACGUCUACCGAGGGUCCGGGGUCAGCCUGGGCCACGGCAGCAUGAUGGAGGAGAACGUCCUCAUCGGCUGUGAGACAAGCAUUGGCACCAACUGUUACAUUUCUAACAGCGUCAUCGGGAACAACUGCACCAUAGGUGACAAUGUUACCCUGGACCAUGCCUACAUCUGGAAUAAUGUUCACAUAGCCAACAAGGUGAAGAUCACUCAGUCUGUGAUCUGCGACAAGGCUGUGGUCAAAGAAGGCGUAACUCUGAACAAACAGUGUGUCCUGGCGUAUAAUGUGGAGAUUGGACCAAACAUCUCUCUACCCGAAGGCACCGUGCUGUCCAUGCACCAUCCAGACGAGGAGGAAGAGGAGGAUGAUGAUGAGUUCCUGAGUGAUGAUGACCAUGUCGGACACAGCAAAGACAAAACCAAACUGAAGGCGUUUAACCCAGCCGAGGUCGGGGCAGAGGGGAAAGGCUACAUCUGGAAGGCCGGCAGUCUGGAUGACACGGAGGAUGAGGAGCUGUCUCAGUGUCUCUGGGGUCUGGUGUUGAACCCCGACCCUGAGAGCGACAGUGAGGACAGCGAGCCUGAUGAUGAUGAUGACCCUGUGAUCCCCUCCCCCGAGAUGGACGAUGUCAAAGUGUUCCAGUUGGAGGUGCUGGGGACUCUGCAGAGGGGUCUGGAGGAAAACAUCGGCUGUGACAAUCUCGUCCUUGAGAUCAACUCUCUCAAGUAUGCCUACAACAUCACUCUGAAGGAGGUGAUGCAGAUUAUAACCAGGGUGGUGCUGGAGUAUCCCUUCCAGCAGCAGGGCCCAGAGAUUACCGCAUCGCAAUACGUGGCUCUGCUCCUCCCGGUAAAGAUGAUAGAAUCAAAUGUAGAAUUUGGCCUUUUUCGUGUCCAUAGAACUGAUUGAAACUAACAACACACAUUUACUCCAAGUACGGAUUUGACACAUUUGUACUUUACUUCACUAUUUCCAUUUUAUGCUGAUUUCUACUCUACUCUAUUGUAG